GUAAGUGCAGAGUGAUGCACACAUCCUACCUACACCUCUAAAGAUUAUUUCCGUCAUAUUAGAUACGUCAUUUGAAGAGUUGGGCAAUGAUUCAUUUUUAUGUAGCUAUUUUAUUCCACACAGCAGUAGGUAGCUCCUCAAACAUUGAUGUUCCCUGUGUAGAUGGGAUGAAGUUCAUUCAGAGUGGGCAAAGUAUCACUCUCAAUUGUCCUUUUGCAACUUUUGACACAAUAACAUCUACAUGGCUCAAACAGACUCCAGGAGAAAAGCUUCUUCUCAUUGCUGCUGCUUUUCGUUCUACAGCAGUUAAAUACCACAAUGGUUUCAACAAGAGUGGCCGUUUUAAUUCAUCAAGAGAAAAGGGCAGUUUUACUCUGAGUAUCUCAAAUGCAGAACCAUCUGAUUCAGCUACUUAUUACUGUGCAGUCUCAGAUUUUUCAGACACUGCAUUAUUAGGCUGCACAGUUUUAGUCCUCAAAGGUUCGUCUUCAAGCGUCUCUGCUGUUCUCCAGCCUCCUGUAUCAGAGCCUGUUGAACUGGGAGGAGAUACAACUUUGCAGUGUUCAAUACUCACAGAUGCGUCUGCAGGAGAUCACAGUGUGUACUGGUUCAGACAUGGAUCAGGAGAAUCCCAUCCAGGAAUCAUUUACACUCAUGGAAACAGGAGUGAUGAGUGUAAGAAAAGCUCUGAGACUGAUUCUCCUACACAGAGCUGCGUCUACAAACUCCCCAAGACAAACCUCAGCCUCUCUGAUGCUGGAACUUACUACUGUGCUGUGCUCAUGUGUGGAGAGAUCAUCAUUGGGAACGGAACUAAACUUGAGUUUGCAGGGAGCAGAGUUUUGGAUCCAGCCAUUCUUGGUUUAGCUACAUCAAACAUCAUCUUCAUGGCUGUGGUUUUAUUUCUGUGCAGAAAAUUACACAACAGUUAUAAAGGUGCUGCUGAUGGUCACAUAGUUCGAGUAAAUCAGGCUGAAGACACUGACGUCUUGAACUAUGCAGCUCUAAGCUUUGCUCAGUCUUCCUCCUCAAGAAUUAGCAGAAUAAAGAACAGCAGAGAUCAGCCUGUGUACGCACAGGUAAAUACCCAUCAGUAGAAACAACAUCAGAGUUACAAUCAAACCUGGAAAUCUACUGUCAUCAUAACUACUCUGUAAACUGUGUUCACACAGACUCAUGUGGAAUGUCAUUAUUACUAUAAAUCACUGAAUCUCUGUAUGUGUUUGUAAUGAAGUAUUUUG